AUGCAGUUCAAACAGCUCGCCCUCGUCGCCCCUUUGCUCCUCACCUUUGCUAGCGCCGCUCCUGCGCCUGCCGGUGAGAUUGCCAAGAAAGGCGAACUCCAAAAGGACGCCGAUGAAAUCUGGCUGUGGAAGAAGGACCGGCUGGCUAAGGAUGGGGACGCGGUUUGGCUCUGGAAGAAGGAUCAGUUGACGAAGGAUUCGGAUGAAGUCUGGUUGUGGAAGAAGGGGGAGCUGAAGGCGAAGUUGCAGAAGGAUUCUGAUGAGAUUUGGCUGUGGAAGGAGUAG